CGCGGGCGCGGCCGUUCCGCCAUGGCGGAUUACGAGGCGGUGCAGCGCGGGCCGCUGCGGCUGAAGGGCAGCGGGGGGGCCCUGGGGGCCGGCAAACGGAAGAAGAAGAAGGCGAAGGAAAAGGCCCAGAUCCUGGAGCACAUCGUGAGCAGCAAGAAGCAGGAGGAGGAGAAGAAGCGCGGGCUGGACAAGCGGACCCCGGCGCAGGUGGCCUACGAGAAGAUGCAGGAGAAGCGGCAAAUGGAGCGGAUCCUGAAAAAAGCCUCGAAAACCCACAAGCAGAGAGUGGAGGACUUCAACAGGCACUUGGAUACUCUGACUGAGCAUUACGACAUUCCCAAAGUCAGCUGGACUAAGUGACUGGGCUGCUUGUCACGGGCUCUGGAGCAGGAGCUGUGUUUUGUUUGUAUCAAGCAAGGGUUGCCAUGUAAAUGUGUGUGUUCUCCAUAUUGUCUAAUAUAUCUUCUGAGCGUUUUA